AAUUAAUAUAGAAGGGAGGGGCAAAAUGGUAAACUAAAACUGAACCGGGUGACUGAGUUUAGGUAUUGGUUAAUGUUAGAGAUCUUUUAUUUUUGAAAGUUAGAAAACAACGUCGGCAGCCGCCACCUCCUCCCCGAGAAACAAUGGCCGCCCUGUCUCAGUCUCACCACCUUCACUCCAACUGUUUCUCAAGACUCCCCACCCCUAAAUCCAAACCUCUCAGGCUCUCCUCCACCAGGGUCCGCAUGUCCCUUCAAGAAACAGGCCCUUCUCUUGCCGUAGUCGGCGUCACAGGUGCCGUUGGUCAAGAGUUCCUUUCCGUCCUCUCCGACCGUGACUUCCCCUUCCGCUCCAUCAAGCUCCUAGCCUCAAAGCGCUCUGCUGGCAAGUCAGUUUCCUUCCAGAACCACUCCUUCACCGUUGAAGAACUUACUGCUGACAGCUUCAACGGCAUCGACAUCGCUCUUUUCAGCGCUGGCGGGUCCAUUAGCAAGGAGUUCGGGCCUAUUGCGGUGGAAAAAGGCGCAAUCGUGGUAGACAAUAGCUCGGCUUUCCGCAUGGUGGAGGGAGUGCCUCUGGUGAUUCCUGAGGUGAACCCAGAUGCCAUGGAGGGGAUUAAAGUUGGCAUGGGAAGAGGCGCACUGAUUGCCAACCCCAAUUGUUCCACCAUUAUUUGCUUGAUGGCUGCAACUCCUCUUCAUCGGCAUGCUAAGGUAAAACGAAUGGUAGUUAGUACAUAUCAGGCAGCUAGUGGUGCUGGUGCUGCUGCAAUGCAUGAGCUGGAGCUGCAGACCCGUGAGGUUCUGGAAGGGAAACCUCCAACAUGUAACAUUUUCAAGCAACAGUAUGCUUUUAAUUUGUUUUCACACAAUGCUCCUGUUCUGGAGAAUGGUUAUAAUGAAGAAGAAAUGAAAAUGGUCAAAGAAACCAGAAAAAUCUGGAAUGACAUGGAUGUUAAGGUGACUGCCACCUGCAUUCGAGUUCCUGUCAUGCGAGCACAUGCUGAGAGUGUGAAUCUUCAGUUUGAGAAGCCCCUUGAUGAGGACACAGCUCGAGAAAUUCUGAAAAAUGCUCCUGGAAUAGUGGUUAUUGAUGACCGAUCUUCCAAUCAUUUCCCUACACCAUUGGAGGUAUCAAACAAAGAUGGCGUUGCAGUUGGCAGGAUCCGUCGUGACUUGUCUCAAGAUGGAAAUCAUGGGUUGGACAUCUUUGUCUGUGGUGAUCAAGUUCGUAAAGGAGCUGCCCUUAAUGCUGUUCAGAUAGCUGAGAUGCUGCUAUAGUCUAAUGCAAAUUUAGAUGUAAAGAGAUCUCAAGCUAUGGUGCAAAAAGUGAAUUUACAUUUUAUAUUUGAGUCUUAAGAUGCCAAUGCGCAUUAUCUUAGGUGAUGUUAACAAAUUUUGCACAAGCUUUGUAGUUUGUAGCCUAAACUGGUUUGAAUUCAGCACUUGAAGUUUUCAGUUUGGACUGUUUUUUUGUUUUUUUGGCAUUGAUCUUUCCUCAUGGUGGGACAAUUUGUUGUAAUAUAAUCUUCUACAUUCCAACCUGUGCUGCCUUAACAUUAAUUUUUGUUGGUGUUUUUGUCACUUCAAUUGGACUUGAACUUUUUGUAGUUCUGUUUGAGAGAAUCUGUUUUGUUCACUUGUCACCAGGCAAUGGUAGCGGAUAUGUUUUUUGGU